AAAACUACAUGAAUAACCCAAGAACUCCAGGAGAUUCCAACCAAGCCCAGAGCUGUCAAAACCACCAACCGCGACACACAGGUCCGCGCGCUCCCUGCUGGGAAAUGCAGUCCGGAAGUCGUGUGGAGUUGCAGGCACUUCCGCUCGGGCAUGUCGGGAAUUGUAGUACAGGGCCAGGCUGUGCUCAAAGCCACUUUAGCCGCGGGAAGACGAGUCGGCGCCGAGGUGUCGCGCCGAGAGUUCUCCCCUUCCAGAUCACCGCCUUCCCCAGUAGGAAGAGGAAAAAAAUGAUCAAGUUUCAGGCAGCAGUGACGUUCCAGGACGUGGCCGUGAUCUUCUCGGAGGAGGAGCUGGGGCUGCUGGAGCCCGCACAGCGGGAACUGUACCGGGACGUGAUGCUGGAGAACUUCCGGAACCUGCUGUCCCUGGGCCCUCAGCCCUCCAUGCCAGACCUUAUCUCCCACCUGGAGAGCGAGGAGAGGCUCUGGGCCACUGAGAGAGGUCCACCCAGGAUCCAGCUGGGGCCGGAGCCUGCAACGCGAUGCCCUUCACUGAGGGAGCUCUCGAGCUGGCAGAUCCAGAGACACAUUGUCAGCAAACUGGCCAGGACUUGCACCUUGGCACUGGCCCAUCCAAGUGGCUCUCACUGCCCAGAGUCACCAGGCUUGCCCUGUGGGGGCACCAGCUGUCAUGCAUUCACCAGCCUGGCACAGACCUUCUGGCACCGGGCAGAUGUGGCAAGUGGCCCCCAGUGUGUGCAGCCCCCCUCUGCUGCCGACAUGUUUGUCUGCACCCUGCGGCCCCAGCGAGACAGAGUCCCCCGCAAUGACUGUGGGCCAGACGCCUGCCCAGAUUCAGCUCAUGAGACAGCUCCCAGGAACAGCUGCAGCCGGGGAGCGCAGCAGCAGGGACAUACAGGGGAGAAGGGGCCCCCUGCAUCCCACCCACCCCAGAAAGAGCCCCAUGGUGACAGCCCAGCCAUGCCCAGGCCCCCGAGUGCCCGUGGUGGCAAGAAACGCUACUGGUGCCAGGACUGCGGGAAGGGCUUCAGCCAGAGCUCGAACCUGCAGACCCACCAGCGCGUCCACACUGGCGAGAAACCCUACUCAUGCCUGGAGUGCGGCAAGAGCUUCAACCAGACCUCACACCUCUACGCGCACCUGCCCAUCCACACGGGCGAGAAGCCCUACACAUGCGGGGCCUGCGGCAAGGGUUUCAGCCGGAGCACGGACCUCAACAUCCACUGCCGCGUCCACACGGGCGAGAAGCCCUACAAGUGCGGGGCGUGCGGGAAGGGCUUCACGCAGCGCUCACACCUGCAGGCGCACGAGCGCAUCCACACGGGCGAGAAGCCCUACACGUGCGGGGCCUGCGGGAAGCGCUUCAGCUGCAGCUCAAACCUGCACACGCACCAGCGCGUGCACACCGAGGAGAAGCCCUACUGCUGCGGCGAGUGCGGCAAGCGCUUCAGCCUGAGCUUCAACCUGCAGAGCCACCAGCGCGUGCACACGGGCGAGAAGCCCUACCGCUGCGGCGAGUGCGGCAAGGGCUUCAGCUCGGCCUCCAGCUUCCAGAGCCACCAGCGCGUGCACACCGGGGAGAGGCCCUUCCGCUGCGGCGUGUGCGGGAAGGGCUUCAGCCAGAGCUCCUACUUCCAGGCGCACCAGCGCGUGCAUACGGGUGAGAAGCCCUACAAGUGCGAGGUGUGCGGCAAGCGCUUCAACUGGAGCCUGAACCUGCACAACCACCAGCGCGUGCACACGGGCGAGAAGCCCUACAAGUGUGAUGAGUGCGGCAAGGGCUUCAGCCAGGCCUCGAACCUGCAGGCCCACCAGAGCGUCCACACCGGCGAGAAGCCCUUCAAGUGCCAGGCGUGCCAGAAGCGGUUCAGCCAGGCCUCCCACCUGCAGGCCCACCAGCGGGUGCACACGGGCGAAAAGCCAUUUAAGUGCGAGACAUGCGGGAAGGCCUUCAGCCAGCGCUCCAACCUCCAGGUGCACCAGAUAGUGCACACAGGGGAGAAGCCCUUCCGGUGCGAGGAGUGUGGCAAGGAGUUCAGCUGGAGUGCGGGACUCAGCGCCCACCAGCGGGUGCACACGGGCGAGAAGCCCUACACGUGCCAGCAGUGCGGCAAGGGCUUCAGCCAGGCCUCCCACUUCCACACACACCAGCGGGUGCACACCGGGGAGCGGCCAUACGUCUGCGGUGUGUGCUGCAAGGGCUUCAGCCAGAGGUCACACCUCGUCUACCACCAGAGGGUCCACGCUGGAGGGAAUCUCUAGGGCAGCGUGGAAGAACCUGCAAGGAUGGCUCCCUCUCCCUCUCUCUCCUCUGGUUGCUGGUGGUAGGCCAGAGUUCCUUCAGAACCCACAGGCUUCAAGGAAGCAUCACGGGAAAGGAGGUGCAUUUAAAAGGUGCUUCUUGGGAGGCUGGAGCGAUUGUAGGGCACUUGCCUUGCACGCAGCCAACCUGGGUUCAAUCCCCAGCAUCCCAUAGGGCCCCCCGAGCACUACCGGGAGUGAUUCCUGAGUGCAGAACCAGGAGUAACCCCUGAACAUCACCAGGUGUGACCUCAAAGCUUUAAAAAAAUGCUGUUUGGGAGAUAGUGCCAGGGCUAGGGCACAUGAGCCUGACCAGGUGUGAUCCCGAGCACUACUCAGCCUUCGGAGCAUCACCAGAUGUGGCCCUUGAGGUUGCCAGCACCAUGGGAGUCCACAGACCCCAGCAUGGACACGCGGCCCCAACUGAGUACUGCUGCUGGGGCCCCCUGAGCACGACUUGGAUGGCCCACCCACCCCAAAGGCUAUUCUGUGAAUCGUCACAAGCACAGAUUUCACGGGUUUUUCUCAUCUGUUCUAGAGAUGUGCAGUCCGUGCCAUAUCAGAGUUUCAGAUGUUUUGCGUUCUCCCACGGCAACACAACAGAUGCACACAGCUCCUCAGCCUGUACCUAGGAGAGGCUGUGGCAGGAACAACCAUGGGCAAGAUGUAGACCAAAAUGAUCCCCACAUACUUGACAUCGCCUGUCCUGUGGAGCCGCACACCACGUAUCUACCAUGUAGAGCCAUGCGUGCCUCAGACAGGUGCCCCUCAGGGUGUGGAGCCGGGUGGGGUCUCACGCUGAGAGGGGUCACGACAGCCCACCCAGGACCCCUCCAUCCGAAAUGACUGACACUCAGAGGAAUCCUGCAAGUAGCCUUAAUGUUCACUCCAGGAAAUGGGAAUCAGAGCUGGGGAGUCCCGUGCUGCCAACAUUUCCCCCCGUUUCUACCCAUAGGGCUGGCCCCUCCACAUCUAUGGGGUGGCGUGGCACUGUGUACCGCGUGAAAGUUUCACCUUUGUAUUUUAUAGACCGAGAAGUCAGUUUUGUAUUCCUCGACAAUAAAACACUGCCAUUUCUAUUAUUGCAAGAGCUGAACCUCAGUUCAUUGCAGUAGGAGUUUACUGUAAAGCUGUCCAAAGUCAUUUCCAGUGACCAAAAGGGUUCUGAGUAAAACAGCCAUGAGUAGCUGCUCUCCUUGUCUUGCCCUGUUCUGGCGCAGGCAAGAUGGGCACCUCUGAGAAUCCAUCUUUACUUUAAACCUUCAGAGACUCCAGGAGAUUCUGAGAUUUUUCACAUCACAUCCCAACUGUGGGUAUGAAAAGACCCUAACCGAGUUGGCUGGGGUUUCACUAAGUACAUUGCUCAGGAUGUGGGAUGUGGGAUGUGGGUUGCAACAGAACUUGUCAG